AUGAAAUUGAAUGACUCCGUCACCGUUCACGAUGCUGUAACGUCAUGGACUGAAGGGGUUAACACUCAAAAUUUUACAGUUUGCGUCAUGCAGACAGGAAGGAACAGCGGCGAGAGCCUUAAUCCCUUCGCGACUGUUGAUUGGCUGGCUUACCAAGGAGCACCACCCGAGGGAAUGACUGGAACUAUUAAAAUGCAGAAAUGGUGGUCUGGGACAAAAUGUGCACACGUAGCUUUCCCCAAGGUAGGAGGGCAGAUAAAUUAUUAAACUAGAAAUACGUGUUUCGCAGAAUCUCUCGGGGGAGGCCAAAAAAUGUCAGGGAUGGGAAGGCGGGAGAGAAAUGGAGUAAAUAGUGUUACUGGGGAGGGUGGGUUUCAGCACUGGCUCAAAUAUAGGAAGGUGAGAUGUACUUAAUCUCCUUUUGGUUGGAGUAAAUUUGGACCCAGUGCUCUGGCUUUAAUGUGGUCAGUUUCUCAAUUCUCAACAUGCAUGGGUUUGUUGAGACAUGGUUGCUAGAACGCGUAGCACCCUCUUGCGCGCCCGUUCUUUCUUGCGCCCACUACUUCCAAGCGCCUGCAACGCAGGCUGCAUGGUUGCCAAAGCCAUAGUUUUCGAAAUUCCCAGACUGACAGUCAAAUGUCCAGUUUCCCUGACCAGAGGACGGGACUUGUCUAGAUAAUGGCUUCCAAACUCCCAUCACAGCCAUCCUCUCCGCCCAUUUAUGACAUUUAUUACAUGAAUUUAUCAUGAAUGUAAAGUGCAGAAUGUAUUGAUCUUAUAGGAAACCCUAUAUCUGCUUGUCGUUUAAUUUCUUUCAACAAAAUUCUGCCAAUGGAAUAUAAUUAACGUCUGUGAAUGUCGCUCCCUCUGACUCAUUUGAAAGAGUUAAAUUGUCCCUGACUCAUACUGAAUUUACCUGAUUUGUUAAAUUGUCCCUCAGAGGGAAAGGAAUGAAGUUUCCUGGCAUGGCAACCAUGUCACACGCUAAUAUUCUGAGGAGAUCCGAAAUACAGAUGCUCUUUUAAAAAUAUAUUAAUAGGAUCAGGCCAGAAAUAAUAAAUUUUUGUUAUGUUUGACUUAAAAGACACAGCUGUGUUGAUGUAUAAGGCUUCUACAUGCUGUACAUAUAUAUUACAUUUUACUUGGGAUGGUUUUGGGGAAGUAAAUGUAAUGAAAAUUGUAAACGGUACACGCGCUUCGAGCGCGACGGGUUUAUAAACUCGCUUCGCUCGCGGCCUUCCGCCGCUCGCUCCGCGAGAAUAAAUACUUUUAUUAUAUAAACACCAAUGAAAUACAAGGUGAGCUUUCAAGCGAAAACUUGAUAUCUUCACGUGUGAAAAUAACAUGUUAUCUUCACAUGUGAAAAUAUCACCGUUGCUAUGGCUACAUAAUAGAUCGCGCCUUUCACACCAAAAAAGUAUUAAAGUGAAAUGGUUUGGUAGUUCAUUGGUGUUUAUAUAAUAAAUAAAACAUUACAUGUGGACACUUGGAGAUACGAAAUUUCUCUUCUCGUGUUGAAAAAAUAUUUGACGAGUGAGCGCAGCGAACGAGUGAAAUAUUUUUCAACACUCGAAGAGAAAUUUCGUAUCUCCAAGCGGCCAUGUAAUAUCCUCUAUUUAUUAUACUACAGUCAGCGAAUCUAACUUACAAAGCUUGUCUAAAAGACUUAUUUGAUCACUGAAUUAAGGCAAAUGCUUGCGGCAGUCAAAUAGUAUAGUUCUAACGGUGACUGUGUUCUUUUGCCCAACGGUGAAAGAACUAAUACAGUAUGUUGCCCAGUAUCCGGACGGUACCAGUAUCCGGACACUUGAAACAAAAACUCAAUUUUUGGGGCGCCCUUUUCAGUUCUCGGUAAACGAAGUAUUUCGAAUGAAAGCUGAACAUUUCAGCUUUAAGAUGAAAGUUUUGGCGAUUUGAAAGCUUGCGAAACAGUCGCAGAAGACGCCGUUUUGUUCAGGUGAAUAAACUUUUCAUGGCUAAUAUUUACGCUGUUUACUGCGCAGUAAAGUUAAUGCUGCUCAGAAAAGGGAGGGUAGUGUGUGAUAUUUUCAAAGAAACUGUUUUAUUUUUAAAGUGAAGAUACUUAAGGAAGNACAGAAUCGAUGAAUUAGCUGUGUACAUUCUCCGGAUAAGAUUUAUUUCAUAUCAGUAACUAUAACUAAAGCUUAGGAUAUAUGAUAUAGUCGUAAAAUGUAACUCUACUCAACUCCGUAUGGAAAUUUUCUUCACUCAUUCAGAGGCGACUUGAUUUCGUGUGCUCCGCUUGUUUCGCGUGACUGCAUUUUAUAUGAACUGAAAGCGUCCGAGUUGAACCUGAAAUUCUCAUACUUUCCCCAGUUGGGACUGAUAGAAUGGGGUUGCAAUGGUCUAAAAAGUGUCACAAAGGGAUUGAGAGAUGUGAAAGAAGGAGGAAUUAGUGCUAGAAAAGCAGGCUUAUUGUGGGGACUGAGCAUGAAGAAAUCAACACUGCAGGUCAGACUAAAUAGGAGAGUGACCUUUGACCGUCGGGUUGAGGUCCCUUCCCCAAGCUUUUCUUUAAAUAAAAAAUGUAAAAAGAAAGUCGUUUGCAGAUUGGCUAAUCGAGCUUGCAAACUGCGGCUUCGGCAUGUCCACGGAUGCCUUCCUUAAAUCAGUAGAAAAGUUCCUAGACAAAGAAGAAGAAUACCAUUUUUAAAACAGCCGCUCGCGUUCCCCACCAUACCCCAGUCGUUUGUUAUGUUUUAUUUCACGAUGCUAGGUUAUAUUUUCGGAAUCGAUUGCCAGACUACUUUGCAAGUGCAAGAGAAGCUUGUAAGUCGCUUGCCUGUCGAAAUUUAUGUACAAUUACGUUAUUAUUGUUGUGUCCGGAUACUGGGCCAGCUGUCCGGAUUCUGGGCAACAAAGGAGCUCUGCAAAAAUAUUAAUUUCGCGAUGGAAACAAAGGCAAAAAAGUUAAACUGUCUUUCGUCAUAUUAAGGACUAGAUAGAUUUUCUCUGGGCCAAAUUUCAGAGCUCUUGCGAUUAACAAAGGAAAGUUAUUGCAAUUUUAAACUGAAGUGUCCGGAUACUGGGCAACAUACUGUAUGCAAGGAGGCUUAAGUAAGCGUUAACUUGAGAACCAUGCCGUAUUACCGAGGAUCGAGAAUAUUGAGAACCCCAGGUUGCGAAGUUAAAGGUGAAGUGUUAAAAAUAAAGGCAAUUGACACUAGUUACGAGACUGUUUCGCUUCAAUUAAUAACUAUGAAUAGAGUCGUUUGAUGUUGUUAACUUCAGUUAACUGAUGCAAUAAAAAUGAAAGCAUAAAAAGCAGCAUGUGUAAUUUAAGGCGGCACAUUUCUAAUCACUUCGUCCUUAAACUUACGCAGAACAAGUUUAAAGAGACGCCUGUAGUUCUCGUGACCGCGGAACACCUGAGGACUGGAAAGGAGUAUGAUGCAUCCCUAAUAUGGACAGAAGACCCAAAUAAGGACUCAUUUAAAGUCUGUCUUCGUGAAAUGCAAAACUUUGACGGGAAACAUGAGGACAUUAACGUGGUACGUACUCUUUUACAGUUUAAAGUUUUACAGUUAUCCCAACUAUAUGCAGACGUAUUUUAUGGACCCAUGUUGGUUGACUAGAGCAUAAAAUGGAUUUUGGAAUGAAACAGAGGUUCAAGGUAAUUUGGAGGAAGGCUAUAUUGACAAGCAGCAGAUAGGAUAAGUAUAUCAAAAAGGCAAAACCGCAGAAAUUUUCAUUUUAUGUCCCCCUAAUAAGCCAUAUAAAAAUAUACCUUUUAAAAUGUCUGGUUUGCUGAAAAAAAAAAGGAAUUCUGGACGCACAACCAGUGUUAAACCAAUGAAGAGCAAACACGGGAUGAUUUGUAACGACGAUUUUUUGCGCAACACUGCUUUGCAACAUUGUUUCAAAUUGUGACAUUGUCCUAACAUUGCUGCCCUCAGCUUCGUUGUUGCUAAUCGGCAUCUCGUGUAACAGCCUUAACAACACGGAAAUAACGCAUAAGCAGUUUAUCAGAAUGCGAAAUAUAAAGACAAAAAACUAGUGCCAAGUUUUUUUUGCUUUAUUCGUCCUAGUAUAUGUGACACAGUACAUACAACACAAAAAGGGUAACAUUCAAAACCUGUUGCUGUCGUAUUUCUUUUUAACAAAUUUUGUUACAGAGCUGGUUGGCGUUUGUCCAGUUAAGCAAACCGUUCUUUACCGAGUACGACUCUGUCGGAUUUCCAAACACAAAGCCACCAAAAGAUGAAAAGAACAACGCUUACUGCCAGGUGAGUAAGGAGUAAGAUUACUUUUAAUUAAAAGAAAAAAAACGACUGUUUCGACAUAGUUUAUUGAUUAAACUGGGCUCUUACCUAUAACUGUUAACAAGUUUGCUUUAAUUGACAGUUUGUGAAGUUUGAAAGAAGCUACAAGACAACACCCUCAGUGUUACUUACAGCCAAUCACAGCAGCACGGCUCCUGGAAACUCCGCACCAGUGCAUAAUGGAAUUACAACAUGGAUCGAGGUAAAAAUAGUGUGUUAGGCUCGAGGGAAGGAAAAGGGGAGGGUGCCAGUCUUGCAUAAGUGACUGCCUCGACAGGAAAAUGACAGAUCAUGUUUCAUGCUUAUGCGUAUGUACAUGCGACGUAUCUACAUUUAAAUGGGCAGACCCGUCGGUUCACGGUUUGGGCAGAUGGUAAGCAAAAAUUCAGGGGUGGUAAAUUUCUUCCCGGAAUGGCGUUUAUCAUUUGCACAAAUCAGUUUCAUUUUCCGAAAACUGACCGCGCAAGCCUGAAACUGGUAUCAAAGAUGACUUUGAAGAAAUGGAACACGAAUUCCUGUUUUUAAUCCCGACCUGGAAAAAAGAAAGAAAUGCCUCUUCAGACGUCGUUUUCCAUUUUAUACUUUCCAACCGGAUUUUCCGGAAACUUUUUGUACAUGGUAACCACCCCAGUUCUACACAACCAAAUGAGAUUUUUUUAUUGUUGGCUGCAAUUCUUACUUGCAGAACAUGAACGUAUCCGGGUUCAGGACGUGUUUGAAGGAGUUGUAUGAGACAAGAUAUGAUCCCGUGGCAGUGAGUUAUGCAGUAUUUACAGGUCAGUAGAUAAGGAGUGAAAAAGUAACUGACCUGAUCUACAGUGUAUGGCUAGUUCAGCCCAGCAAGAUAUCACUUUAUUUGCAGUUCCGGAUCCAGACCGCGAGAUAAGGGUGGACCCGGUCUCCAAAAAUUUUUUUUUCGGCUCUUCGGGCCUCAGUUUGGUCUAAAAAUAAGAGGGGGGUUGGGAGGGGGGGGGGCUUUACAAGCUGUUAACCAAAAGAGGCCGUUGUGACAGUCCGAUUAAUUUUCUAGUAAGAUAUUGUUAGUCUGGCAUAUAACAAGAGCGCUAGCCUAUAAAAAUAAGCUAAAAGCCGCAUUCGCCCAGUGUCCCCUAUGCUUAACUAAAUGCGACCGUUGUUGCGUUCGUUGUUGCGUCCUCAGUAAGUCAGACACACAACUUCACAUUUCCAUAGAUAUCUGUGAUCCUGGCUGGAGCUAUUUCAAUGGAUUCUGUUAUUUGACGAGUGAAAAAUGCGUUAACUGGACAACAGCUCUCACUAAAUGUCGUCAGGUAAACGCUGUCCUUAUUGAUGUGGCCAACGACGAGGAAAACGUUUACAUUCAACGUCGUCACAAUGGAGACAAAUCCUGGCUGGGCUUGAAUGACAUCUCCACGGAGGGGAACUUCACUUGGGCAGAUCGCGGUGAGGGGAAUUUUACAGCUUGGGCGAAGACUCAGCCAAAUAAUUUUAAUGAAGAAGACUGUGUGCACACCCUUGGCCUGAGAUACAACUAUGAAUGGAACGACGUGAAAUGCAGUGAUUGUCAUCAGUACACUUGUAAGAAAGGGUAGGAUUUACAUUAGGGCUAUUUAUACCAGGGAAAAUAAGACGCGUCUUAAAUAAGACGCGAACUGUAACGUAUACGAGCAUGUGAAGGAAGUAUAUAAGACGCGAACAGCUUAUUUCUGGUCCCGCAAUCGUUUUCGUGGGAAAGUAGCUGUUAGAAACGGCAACCCAACAUGACACGUUUCAAAGUUAAGGCGGCACGUUGCAAUCUUGUAGAGGCGACAUUUUAAGACGUUUUUGAUAAGGAUGAGGGGAUCUUCUUUCCUCACGAAACUCUCAUUUACCGCAAAAUAGUAUAAUACUGUUUUGGAAAUACUGAAAAGAAGCCCGAGUAAAACGGCAAGAAAAAAAUCGACAGACUGGUUUGAGCGGAACUUCAUCGAGAUGACCAACGCUCAAUUUGUUGCCUUUUCUUUGAAUAAGAGCAAACACUCAUCUUCUUCAACGCUUGAUCAAAUAUCACGUUUCCCUUCUGAUGGUGUUCCCACUAUAAAAAGACCCAAAAAGCAAACAAAAAGCCGUAGAUAACAAAUACAGGAAACUAAAAACUGUUAUAAGUUGUAAACAUUUUUUCCCUCCAGUUCGCGCGAAAAUUUUCCCAGUUAACAGUUUAAAAUAACGCACGCCUCCUCCGCGUAUGCAUCUAAAUAGGACGCAAAGCAGCAAAGGUCACCUUUGCUGUUUCAGUAGCCUCCUGACUAAUGGAAACCUAAUGGUCAAAACCUUAGGCUAAUUAUUUUCUUCCACCUUCAUUUCGAGGUCUCAAGUCUUCGAAUACAAGUGUCCGUAUAUACUUGUCGUUCAUUUGGAUAGUAACGUAAUCCAUAUGUCGCACGCGUUAAAUUCGAAAAAAACAUUUCAAAUUUGAUUCUAAACAUGUCAACAUAAAAUUAAAAGAAAAUUAUGAUAGAUACUGAACCUUUUAAAUACAUUCAAAUAUAUUUAAAAGGUUCAUUAUCUAUCAUAAUUUUUCAUACCAAAGUUUACUUGAUUGCGCGGAAUUUUCCGUUGAAUGAAAAUUCACAACGUUGUUUUCUCUGAAAUACGCAACGUUAACUAUAAGCAGAGAGACAAGCGCAUCACUUAUCUCUCUUUUUUUAAACUAGAUUUUAAUGAAUGUGGAAGUAAGACAUACAGCUGUCAUGCAUUUGCCACAUGUGUCAAUGAACUUGGAUCCUAUUCAUGCAAGUGUAAAAGUGGCUACAUUGGAAAUGGACUGAACUGUCGUCGAGUCCCAAUAUCCUGCGCUGAUAUCAAAACGUACGUCAGCGGCGUCAGCAGAAACUACGUGAUUGAUCCAGAUGGCGAGGGAGGUCUGGCACCAUUCACAGCGUACUGUGACAUGACUGACAAAAAGGGUGUUGGCGUGACAGUUAUCAGUCACGACAGUGAGAGCAGAACUGUUGUGAAUGGAUAUGAAGACAGAGGUAGUUACGUACGUAACGUUCAUUACACAGGAGCAAGUCUGUCUCAGCUGGCGAGUCUGACCAGAGUCUCUUCGCACUGUGAACAGUUUAUAAAGUACGAGUGUUAUCACUCCGGUUUGUGGUUUAACAGUCCAUACGGAUGGUGGGUGUCACGUGAUUCUGAGAAGAUGACGUACUGGGGAGGGGCAGCACCCGGUAGUGGUAAGUGCGCAUGCGGUAUGACUAACUCCUGCGGUACCUGUAACUGUGACAGGAAUGACCAAGUAUGGCGAGAGGACAGCGGUCUCCUGACUGAGAAGACAAAGCUUCCAGUGAAGCAGCUCAGGUUUGGGGAUACCGGCGAUAGCAAAACUGGCGAGAGGGGCUAA